CCGUCACGUUUUACUACGAAUCAGCUGAUAGCUGGUAAACUGUGCAGAUCUUGUACUAUAGAGUUACUACAUAAGCGCACAUUGGCUAGGCUUUGCAGUAUCCGUAACUUUGAGCAAGCGGAAACUGUGCCAGAAGUUCCGUCAGCACAAAUUCACUAUAUUUCAGGAUUAAAACUUUAAAUAAGAAAACAAAAUCAAGGUAAAGAUGAAGGGGACUUAGCUAGUGCUCAACGUACGAAGAGCUGCAUUCUUAAAUUGUAACCUUUGAGACUAAAUAAUGAAGUCUGACGAGAAAAAAAGACAUGCCUCCGGAGAAUCUACCUCUUCCAGCGAAGUCGACCCUGGGGACUAUAUCCCCACCCCACCGGACGGAGGGUGGGGCUGGGUGGUGGUGUUUAGUUCCUUCAUGUGUAAUCUGAUCGUGGACGGUCUAGGAUAUUCUUUUGGAGUCUUGCUACCCUUGUGGGUGAAUGUUUUCCAAGAGAGCAGAGGAAAAGUUUCCCUAGUGGGUUCCCUGUUGAAUGGAAUGUAUCUUUGCGCAGGUCCUAUAGUCAGUGGUUUGACAAACAAAUUUGGUUGUAGAGCAGUUACGAUAACGGGUAGUAUAUUUGCUACUGCGGCCUUUUUCUGUGCAUCUUUCUCGGAAAACAUAACAGUACUUCAACUUACAUACGGAUUCCUAGGAGGCCUAGGAUUUGGAUUGAUUUAUCUCCCCGCUGUGGUCAUCGUAGGAUACUACUUUGAGAAGAGACGUGCAAUAGCAACAGGCAUAGCAGUCUGUGGAUCUGGUGUUGGAACCUUUAUCUUCGCACCUGUUAACGCCAUCAUGAUGGAUGUAUUUGAUUGGAGGAAUCUGGUUAUGAUUCAGGCCGGUAUAGUGCUAAACGCUUGUGUGUUUGGUAUGUUAAUGAGACCUUUGGAGCCAACAAAGAAGAUGAAGCAAUUUCAGAGAAAAGCGCAGAUGGAAAAUGCAAAGAAAAAGGCAAUCCGAAAUAGAAAACGAAAUGCACAUUCAGAUUCAAGUAUGCCAGGUGCUAAUGAUUUUACGAAACUUAAUGAAAUUCAAAAACGAAAAGAAGAAACUGAUAAGAGAACGAAUUCAGAGAACAACGAUUUUAUGAGGGGAAUCAAAGCUCAUGAAAUUCAUCCCAGGAUCGAAAGCGGGUACGCUAAGACAUCACAGCCCAAACCCUUUUUGUCUGCACCUCGACUACGUCACGAUUCUGUGCAUCACGAAAAGUCUGAUUAUUCCCGCCCAAUGUAUCGACAGGACAUUUUCUACAGUGGCAGCAUCUAUAACAUUCCUCAGUACAAAACGUCCGGCUCAGACGUCAGGGAAUACGUCACAAGCAUAACCAACAUCACCGAUGUUCCAUCGCCUUCAUGCUGGGACCGCUGUUCUUGUCUUCCGAUAUCUGUGGUGGACACGAUGAAAGACAUGUUAGAUCUCUCUCUGCUCAAAGACUUUAAUUUUCUCAUGAUAUGCAUCGGAAACAUUCUCGCCAUGACUGGUUUUUACGUUCCAUUUUCAUACGUCGUUGAUCACGCAUUACAGUUCGGUAUUCCUAAAACGGAUGCUGCUUUUCUACUCUCUAUCAUAGGUAUAACCAACACAAUAGGAAGAUUAUUAUCUGGACUACUGGUCGACAUUUUUAAAUUGAACGCACUUGUUAUCAACAAUACAGCUCUAGUGGUCAGCGCCAUCUUACUCUUCGUGGAACCAUUCUGUACAACCUACGAGCUUCUCGUUACCUUCGCCGUCUUGUAUGGACUCUGUGUUGCUGCCUACAUUUCAUUGACAUCCAUCAUCAUUUGCGACUUGCUCGGCCUAAGAAAAUUGACCAAUGCAUUUGGACUUCUGACCCUAGCCAGAGGGAUAGCCGGCGUAUAUGGCCCUCCUGUCGCUGGAGCGGUAUAUAACGCCACAGGGUCCUAUAACUACUCUUUCUGGUUGGGGGGUCUGAUGUUUGCGCUAGGGGCCGCGUGUCAUUUGGUCCUCCUACUGCCAUGUGUGAAGAAGAAGGGACAGGAGAUAGCAAGUAACGAGAUAGUACUCGUUGAGGAAGAAGACAAGACGAUGCUUCCGUCAUCCAACGACGAAGAGGUGUGAUUGCGAGAAUCGUUCUGUUGUUUUGACAUAAUGGUUUUAUAUUGUAUAUUUGGUUUGUAUGAAAUGGAUUUGUAAAUGAAUUUCUCCUAUAUGACUGCAAUGAUUUAUUUUAUGUAAAGAGUGUAUUUUUGCUCAGAAGUUAUUGUCUGAUAUUUGUUUGAGAAGUGAAGGUAGUUGAAAAACAUUGAACUGGUUGGGUUUGAAAACAAGAUAUUGUAUGUGUAAAUGUAUUGAUCACGACAAGUGUAAAUUGUUAUAAUUAUUUGACAGUAUGUCUGAAUGGAAUAUUUUUAGAGUGAAGUGUUACUGGUUUGCAUGACUGUAGCAAGUUUGACCUAGAACUAUAUAAAUUUGUUGAUCCUAAUAAUUUUAAUUUAGGCAAACAGUUACUAAGGAUGUGAUAAAAUUGUAUUUGAUAUAUGUACAUACAUAUUGUAAUGUAUUUAAAUGUUAACCUGCAUUCUAUACCAAAUAAAUUGAAAUGUGAAUAA